UUGAAAGGAAGAAAAAGGUUGGGAAAUUGGAGAAAGAGGAGGAAGGGUAGUCGGGGCAUGGAGGAGCUGGCCAUGCUGCGGCAGCUAAUCGGAGAGUUUCAGGAGCUCUGUGAACUCCAUGGUUCUUCACUUCCUUAUAAUCUUCAUCGUCACCCCCACCAUCGUCUCCAUCCAACCCUACAUGAACAACUAAUUCAACAACAUCAGCGACUACAACUGCAGAGAUGGUGUUUCCUCGAUUUCAAUAACAGUACCAUUGAUGAUGGUUAUUACAAUCUUGUAAUGAGGGGAGCAAAGUCGAGCAAUUUCAAGAUGGUGGAAAAUUGUAAGCCUCCACCCACCAAGAAGUCUAGAAGAGAGCGUAGUUCAAAUGAGAUAAUGGAAGAGCAUAUCUGGAAGGAAUUCCCUGAGGACCUUUUUGAAGCUGUAAUUGCAAGACUCCCUAUUGCUAUAUUCUUCCAGUUUCGUUCUGUUUGCCGGAAAUGGAAUUCCUUACUGUCUUCCAAUAGUUUCUCUCAACAUUGUGCUGAAGUUCCUCAAAGCCAUCCCUGGUUCUACACCAUAACUCAUGAGAAUGAAUAUGCCCACAGUGGAGCCGUGUAUGACCCGUCCUUGAAGAAAUGGCACCAUCCACCCAUUCCUUCAUUGAUGGCAAAUAUAAUCAUCUUCCCAGUUGCUUCGGUGGGUGGUCUAGUCUGUUUUCUUGAUAUUGGUAACAUGAACUUUUAUGUGUGCAACCCUUUGACUCAGUCAUUCAAAAAAUUGCCACCAAGGUCUGUCAGGGUCUGGUCUCGUGUGGCAGUGGGGAUGACUCUUAAUGGGUCAUCAACUGACAAGGGGUACAAAAUACUCUGGGUUGGAUAUAAUGGCGAAUACGAGGUCUAUGAUUCUGUCAAGAACACUUGGACCCAUCCGGGAAGCAUGCCCACAAACAUCAAACUACCCCUUUCGCUAAACUUUCAGUCCCAAUCCAUCUCAGUUGAUGGUACUCUAUACUUUAUGUGUGCUGAGCCGGAAGGGAUUGUGUCCUAUGAUAUGGCCACUGGGGUUUGGAAGCAGUUUACUAUACCAUCCCCACCACAUCUGGCGGACCAUGCUAUUGCACAGUGUGGCGGCCGGAUCAUGCUUGUGGGGUUGCUGAGUAAAAAUGCAGCAACAUGUGUGUGUAUAUGGGAGUUGCAGAAGAUGACGCUCUUGUGGAAGGAGGUUGACAGAAUGCCAAAUAUAUGGUGCUUGGAUUUUUAUGGAAAGCACGUGAGGAUGGCUUGCUUGGGUAACAAGGGUUUGCUCAUGCUGUCAUUAAGGUUGGGACAGAAGAAUCGCUUGGUUACUUACAAUAUCUUGAACAGGGAGUGGAAGAGGGUUCCUGGGUGCAUGUUCCCUCGUGGAAGGAAGCGAUGGAUUGCAAGUGGCACCGCGUUCCACCCUUGUCCAACAGCAGUGGCCUAAUCUGUGUUUUCUUCUUGUUUCUGGAUAAUGACGAUAAGGAAAAUGUUUUCUUUGUUUAAACAGGAAAACUAUUUGGUGGCUUAAAGACCGUUGGAUGGAGAACUUUCCAUGUUUAUCAUAGACUAAGAUGCCGACAUUUUUAUUCAGUCCAGUUGGGUGCUGAGUUGCUUGCAGGGGGAUAAGGCAUAGGCUGCAGUAGAGACCUUCGUAUGAUAAUCUUAGUUUUAGUAUGGAAGAGACGCAAACUUUAUCUUAAGCCUUGUAUUAUAUGCCCCUUUUGAGUCUUUGGAAACUUGGUGACUACCUUAGGCAUGGCAGCCCCCUCUGGAGUUGGGGUUUUGAUGGAGUGAAAUUUCCCCGUCCUGUCCCUUUAGCAAAGGCUUGACUGGGUUUCAUAUCAGAUUGUGAUUGUCGCUUGAACAUGUGGCAGGUUUAAGUUUUGAUAAUAACCAACUUAAAAUAUUGUCCUCUUACACCUA